AUGUCUCGCUUCCCUGCCAUCCCUCCAGACCAACAGACGGCCGAGCAGAGCCUGGUCGAGCCCAGUGCUCGCCGCAUCUUCUCUCACCUGCCUCCCGAAGUACAAUGGCAGGGUCCCUCAGGCGUCAUUCUGGGCCCUUACUCUCCUCUGUACUACACCCCCUCCAUCAUCAAGCCCUGGUUCUCUUUCGCCUACUCCAUCGGGUCCCAACCCCACGUCACAGCGCGCGAGAAGGAGCUCGCCAUCCUCGCUACUUUAGCUGAACACAAGGCGCCCUAUGUUCAGUACGCCCAUUCUCACAGUGCCCGCGCUGCAGGAUUCUCCCAUGAGCAGAUCGCGCAGGCCCUGCAGGGACAACACCAGCAGCAGCCUCCUCCUGCCGGUUUAUCUGAAGCUGAGCAGGCUGUCUAUAUGGCAGCCUUGGCGAUGGCGCGGUCGAGGGGUCCUAUCUCCACGGAGGAUUUCGAUGCAGCAGUGGCUGCCCUGGGCAGGGAGAAGGUGGCGGAGGUGGCUCAUGUCGUAGGCGGUUAUAUGUAUGUUUGCUUGCUGUCGAAUUUGGCAAAUGAGGCGGUUCCAAGCGGGGAUGCGGUCGGUGAAAAAGAUGGGACGGAUGAUGAGUAG